AUGGCUCCUGGUAGCGGACGUGGCUUUGAGUGUCCCUGGAAAGACUGCGGAAAGUCCUUCAACCGCAAAUCAGACCUCUGCCGACACCACCGGAUACACACCAACGAGCGACCGUACCAGUGUACUCAUGAAGACUGCCAGAAGAGUUUCAUUCAACGAAGUGCGCUGACUGUACACAUACGGACUCAUACGGGCGAGAAGCCUCAUGUUUGCGACUAUGCAGAGUGUAAUAAGGCAUUUUCCGAUUCUUCAAGUCUAGCUCGUCAUCGCCGAGUCCAUUCAGGGAAACGGCCGUACAUAUGCCAAGAGCCUACAUGCGACAGAAGCUUUUGUCGCAAGACUACUCUCACGAAACAUCAGAACCGCAUCCAUCCACCAGGAUCGGUGGUCCAGACGCCCUCAGAAGAAACAGAUUCAGAACAUUCGGCCACUUCCCCCAUUGCUGGUACCACCGUUCUACCUAGCGAACAGUUCAUGGUUGUCCAACCAGCGUACUACCCCAAUAACCCAGCUCCGGUACACGAAUUCUAUCCCCAUCAAAAUCUACCAAUGGCUCCGAUUGCCGUCCAAGAGCAGCCGCCAAUUGUUGCACAUACUAUCCCAGUGACCUCGUCGGUUAAUAUAAGUCAUCAGCAAUAUCUGCUUAUGCAACAGCAGCAGCAUCAUCAUCAUCAUCAUCACCACCAGCAACAACAACUUCAACAGCAGCAGCUCCAACAACAACUUCAACACCACCACCACCACCAGCCACACCAGCAACAACAACACCAACACCACGAACAAAACCGCCUGCAGUAUCAGCAGCCGACAUACGCUCCGCCUGUCAAUAUGGUUUCGUACACGCCGAACUACCAAGACUACAAGGAACCUGCUGAGCGAUUGUUAGGCCAGGACGAGGGAAAGGAUUGGAGCUACCUUGGUCUGGGCUAA